AUGCAGGGCGCCCUAUCAUCAAUCAAAGAGGUUGUGACAUAUUUCAAACAAUCUUCUCUUAACUCGAAGCUAACUCACACACUCAAGCAAGAUGUCGUCACAAGAUGGAAUAGUGAGUUAAUAAUGCUGGAAUCGUACCUGAAAGCUGCUAGCGAAGUAGAAGCACUCCUUCUUCAGAAUGGAAAGAUUUAUAAAUUAAGUAAUAUUGAUAAAGUAAUUGUGCAAGAAAUCGUGAACUUCCUAAAGCCAUUUGAAGAAUGCACGAAAGUUUUUAGCCAGGAUCAUGUCCCUACUUUGCAUCAGGUUGCGCCCUGGUUUCACAGACUAAAACAUCAUCUGCAGACAAACGAGUUGGACUCCAUUGAAAUGCAAUUACUUAAGGAACAAGCGAGGACGUGUUUUUCAGAGUACUGCAAAACAACUACUAUUCAUUAUGUGGCCGCUCUGCUGAAUCCAAAGCUUCGGAAGCUUAAGUUUGCAACUGAAGAAGAAAAAGAACAAGCAUACGAAGAAAUGAGACGAAUUUUAGCCGAUGAAGUAGAGAAAACAGUGAGCAAUGAACAUGAAACAUCGAAAUGUGAAACUUCCGAGCCAGAAACCAAAAAAUCUCGGUUUGCUGAUAUGGAAGAUUCUGAUUCGGAAGAUGAAGGGGAAAAUAUUUUGACCGGUAGCAGCGCCAUCGCCAAAGCAGAACUAGAGAAGUAUCUUGUUGCGAAAUAUAAUGAUUUAAAUUCCGAAUCCUUAAUAAUGAGCGAAAUUGGAGAAAUAACACCCCACUUCGACAUUCUUAAGUUUUGGUGUGGCGCCACAAAAUUUCCUCAUUUGCAGAAGAUUGGACAACGCAUACUUGCAAUACCAGCGUCACAAUCCACGGACGAAAGAGUUUUUUCGAGCACGGGCGCCACGACUUCCCCAAGGAGAACUUGUCUAUCCGCAGGAACAUUGUCAGAUCUUACGUUUAUUCACAAGAAUUACGAAUAG